AUGGUAUACUCUUUGGUAUACUCUUAUGGGGUACCAGUCAAUCUGAUACAAUCCCAUUUGAAAAACCGCCUUCAAGCGAGUCUCUUAAAACCAAACGCUUACAUAGUCACCCAAGGCCCAACGGAAGAAACUGUUACGGACUUCUGGAGGAUGGUUUGGCAGGAGAAUGCGAGCUGUAUAGUGAUGUUGACGAAAACGUUCGAUUUCAUUAGGGUUAUGUGCGUGCAGUAUUGGCCCGCAUCCAAAGAAAUUGAGGAGACCUACGGAGGUAUUCACAUUCAAAUCGUGAUGGAGGAGGAAUUGGCCAAUUUCCACAUCAGGACAUUUCGGUUAUAUAAGAAGGACGACAACGGUGUCACCGAAGAGAGGACUAUUCUCCAAUUUCACUACACUCAGUGGCACAGUCAUUCGUGCCCUUUUGCCAACGCUCUGUUGGAAUUCAGGAGAAGGGUGAGAGCUGUUGUAGGACACGUCAUAAAAUCUAAUGAAGCUGGACCGAUGGUAGUGCACUGCAAGUAA